AUGGAACAGCCUUUUUAUCAUGACGACUCGUUUCUGUCGGCUUACGGCCACUCAGACGCGGCCAUGCACGACUACAAACUGCUAAAGCAGAAUAUGAAUUUGAACUUGACAGAGCCCUAUCGCAGCCUGAAAUCCCAGCUGAGGGCCGAGGCGGACCCGUACCAAGGGGGCCAGCAGGACGUGGGCUCCCUGAAGCUUGCGUCCCCCGAGCUCGAGAGGCUCAUCAUCCAAAACAGUAACAGCGGAGUGAUCACCACUCCCACCCCGGGUCAGUACUUCUACAACCGGGGCAUCACCGAUGAGCAGGAGGGCUUCGCCGAGGGGUUCGUGAAAGCCCUGGACGAGCUCCACAAGAUGAACCAGAUGCCCCCUCCCAACGUGUCCAUCGGUGCCGGUGGCGGCGGGACGACGUGCUCGGCGGCGGCCUCUGGCGUCUUCGGCUCCGCUCUGCAGCCCGAGACGCCCAUCUACACCACGCUGAACGCCUACUGCCCGAACACGAGCCUCUCCUCCGCGUCCAGCUACCCCACGGCCACCAUCAGCUACCUGCCGCCCCACCAGCACGGCCACUCGCAGACGUCGGCCCACCACUUCCAGCACGCGCUCCCGGGCGCCCCGGGGCUGCACCCGCAGCGGCUCGCGGCCCUCAAGGAGGAGCCCCAGACCGUGCCCGACCUCCUGAGCAGCGACGGCUCGCCGCCCAUGUCCCCCAUCGACCUGGAGACGCAGGAGAGGAUCAAGGCGGAGCGCAAGCGGCUGCGCAACCGGCUCGCCGCCACCAAGUGCCGGCGGCGCAAGCUGGAGCGCAUCGCGCGGCUGGAGGAGAAGGUGAAGAUCCUCAAAAACGACAACGCGGGGCUCUCCAGCACCGCCUCGGUGCUCCGGGACCAGGUCAACCAGCUCAAACAGAAGGUCCUGACGCACGUGAGCAGCGGCUGUCAGCUGAUGCUCACCAGCAAACUGGAGGCCUUUUAA